AUGGACCCUUCUCACUCGUCUUGCCCUUUCUGUCCCUUCUCUGAUUCAGACCCUAGCUUUGUGGCAGAGCAUAUUGAGUAUUGCCAUCCAGAGAAUGGGGCCAAGGAGUCUGCCCCGCACAGUCUCACCAGAUCAGGUCCAUCACCACAGUCAGACUCCGAAGAACCAACGGACAAGUAUGUGGAUUGCCCACAUGGCUGUGGGGAGAUUGUCACCACUGCAGAGUUGUCCACUCAUCUAGACCUCCAUGUUGCAGAAGGUAUUGUGCUGGACGAGAGUGGGUCACCUUUGGAUGCAGGGUUAGCAUUGAGCGACCACGAUCUCUACUCUGACCCGGAAGACUCUUUCAAGGGUGUCACAUCUAGGAAAGGUGAAAAGCGAGGCCUGGGUCGGGACUUUGUAAAUACCAAGACCUCCAAGCCAGGCCGUACGCAAAGCCCUUCCGGAACAAUGAGUCCAGACGGGGCAAAACGUUUGGGGCGCGCAGAGCUGGGCCCUCAUGCCCAUGAGAAGAAGAUGCCCUCGUGGCUGAAGAAAAUGCUGGAGAAGGGUGGUCGCAGCUCGAAGCAGACCCAGAUCACAGCAGACGGCAAGCUCACUCGGCGUACAACCGUGGAGAAUGAGACAGAUGAUCUGGUUCCCGUGAUUGUAAAACUGUGUGAGCAAGAUCCAUCCGUUCAGCGGGCUUUUCUGUGCUCUCCCAAGGUCCGCCAUGUCUGCAAAAUGUCUCGUGAGGGUGGGUUUUGCGGGUACCGAAACAUCCAGAUGCUGGUUUCAUAUCUCCAAAAAUCCCAAAGCCCAGGUCAUGAGCAUUUUGUGAAUGGUGUCCCAUCGAUUCUUGAGCUACAGGACAAGAUCGAGCUUGCCUGGGACAUGGGAUUCAAUAGCACGGGAAGAACCGAGACGGGAGGCAUUCGAGGCACACGGAAGUUCAUUGGGACUCCAGAGGCACAAGCAUUGUUCAUGAGUCUUGGAAUCCCAUGUGAUGCCAGCAGCUUAAGCGAAAAUAGCAACUUGCGAGCCUGUGACUCUCUCUUCAUGGAAGUAGCUACCUAUUUCCGAUCGGGCUGCACUCUAGAAGAUGAGAAGAGAGUUCACAAGACGGAUUUGCCGCCCAUCUAUUUUCAACAUCAAGGACAUUCCAUGACAAUCAUUGGAUUUGAAAUCCGAGAUAACGGUAGUGCCAAUUUGCUGAUAUUUGACCCUAUGUUCAAGACCUCACCCGCCAUGCGUCGUCUCAUUGGCACAUCUGCUCAAUCCAACAAUCCUGGUCGGCUACUCAAAGCCUAUCGAAGAGGUACAUCUUACCUUCAGAAAUACAAGAUGUUUGAACUCCUCAAGAUGAGAUCCUCUCCGAAUGUGAUCGUCACUGGCACCCCUGGUGUGGGCAAGACCGUGCACUGCGAGCAGCUGGCGCAGGAGAUCGGCUUGAAGCACUUGUCCGUGAACCAGGUCGCCAAGGACCGCGACUGCUAUGAGACAUACGAUGAAGAGCGGAAGAGCUGGGUCGUUGACGAGGACAAGUUACUAGAUGCGAUCGAAGAUGAAGUCCUACAGGGCGGGUACCUGAUUGACUGGCACGCCUGUGAUCUCUUCCCCAAGUCGUGGAUUGAUCUCGUCGUGGUCCUCCGCUGCCCCUCAACCGCCGUUCACUACGACCGUCUUGCUUCCCGGGGUUACCACGAAGAUAAACUUCAGGAAAACUUGGACGCCGAGAUCUUUGGUGUCCUUCUCGAGGAGGCCCGCGAGGCAUUCGACGAGGAAAUUGUAGUGGAACUGAAUAGCGAAGAAGAUAGCGAUGUCGAGAGCAACUGCGCUAGAGUGGCGCAGUGGGUUAAUGACUGGAAGAAACAACAUGGCGAAACCGAUUGA